AUUGGAUCUUACAAUGAUAGUCUAUUAGUCUUAUAGCCCUCCUAUUGGUUAUCCACUACAUUCUCAAGAGCUGUGUAAAAUGUCCAACCGCCAUGCUCCAGUGAAUCUUUUCGGAGACAAUGGAAUGAGGGCCAAUCUACCUAUAAAUCUAAUCAAUGUCGCAGACACGCAGGAAAUCCCAAACUCGCAGGAAAUAUUCGUGUACCGUGAAUCCGGUGCGAACAUUAUUAUCGACAUCCUCCAAAAAGUCGAUAUCGAUGAUCCGGAAGCGGCAGCAAAAUUCCACCUUGAUGCGAUAGCAGAGGAUAAUGAUUCGAUGGAACAUGAUUCCAUCAUUGUGCAAAGGCACAUCACCAAUGAACUUUCUCCGAUCGUGCUCGACGGACGUCAGGUUCUAAAGAAGGCUGGGACAAUUCAUCACCUUCGCACUCUACUUGCUCUUUUCCGAGUCAAAGGAAAGAAACACGACGUCGUUGUCUCGUUCAACAUUCCGGUUGAAACGGGACAAGGGCGUGGAAGAAAUGGAGCCGUUACGGCGGAACAGGAACAACUCAUCGUAUCGGAUUUCUUCAAGGCAGUAGAAUCCUUGAGAAUUGUCGAUUACAACCUUUUUGCAGUCUAGGCAUCCUACAUAACGGACUCUAUAAUUCAAUACGACUUUCUCGGACCCGAUCUGCGGAUCGUAACAUGGAGCUUUGGGUAUUUAUGACCUGUGUUUCAGAACCUCGAUCCCUAUCGGCGGCUCAAUUGCAUCCUUUUAUCGUCAGCUUAUCGCACUCCUAAUGGAGCUUCUCGUGGAAAGAUAUUCACGGUAUCAGGUGUACUUGUGUCCAAUCCAUACCGUGAAAUGAGGCCGCCUCCCGCAUCAUGAGAUGUAGCCGGCAAACGUCGAUCUCACUUUCAAACAUUGUCAGGAAUUAGCCAUCUGAUGAGAACCUAGACUUCUUUUCAUUUUAACAAGAUGACUCCAGUGGGAACGAAGUCAUGUUUUCGGGCGUAUCAUUGAAGACGUACCGUGCUCCCACCACGACAAUACGUCGUGCC